UUUUGCCUGUUAUGGGCUCUAAUGUGGCUGGCCAGGCCGAACUUGGUCUUAAAGACCCUUUUGCAGGCGUUACAAUAAAGUUGGCCAGAUGAAUUGUACGUAUACGCGUAGGAGGGCUUCGGUCUGUCUUUGCGUCAAAUAAAAAAGCUAAAAAAGCGUUACAAUUUUUCAAAAAGUCUGCUGGCUGAACGGACUAGAUAUGCCCCCUCCGUGCCUUCCGACAUCAGACCGCCGCACCGCAUCAAAGGCGCUCUCUUUCCGCUCGCAGGCCAAUUUAUCGGAAUGAAGGGCCAUAAUAUAAUGGGAUUCUGUGGCUGCAGCUCAACAUGCUCAAUAAAUGUGCUCGACAUGCAGCCUUCUAAUUUACAAUUUAUUUCGCUUUGCAAUUCAAAGAGGAAUGCUUGUAGAGUCGGUGACGACAAAAUUUAAUCACAUUUCGGUUUUCGUUUAAAUUUUUAUAGAUCGUGUCAUUCACGACGACGCGUGCCUUGAUUCUUAUUGUCAUGUUUUCAAAGGUUAGAUUUGACAAAUUUGCGCAUCAUCGUGGAUGACACUACAGUUAUGUACACGUAGUCAUAUUAUUGAAGGUAUAACAAAUUUCAAUGCUGUCUGAAUGCCUGUCCUGGCAAUUAAUGGCAAUGAUUUGAUAUAAACAUUGGUAUUGCGAUGCUUUGAAAUUUUUGUUUUACUUUAUAUUUAUCAUUUUUAAGCUAAGGAAAAUAUCUUAAGUAAACCUGCAUAGAUUUGAAAUCAAACUUAAGAUGUAUAUGAAGUCCUUAAUAUAUAUUUUAUGGAGAGGCCUGAAGCCAACAGUGGGACAGGUGAUAAUGUUGAUUAAUAUGUCUGGAAAAACUACCCAAAUUUGACCUCAUAACCAGUUAAUACUAAUUCCACUAAGCUAACAUUGUCAGUUCAAAGGGAUGGCUAGCAGACAGGCAUGCGAGCCUAAUUGCCCGUUCACUCAGGUAACGCUAAUAUGGCACAUGCCGGAAUCACUGAGAAAACAUAACGGUUCAUUAGUCACAAAGCAGAGUAAAUACUACUACAUUUAUUUUAUUUCCCGCGGUGCUCGGCGAAAGACGCACAUAAUGCUGCUCGCACUAAUCCUCCUAAAUGUUCUCACAACGCUCGAAGCACAUAGACAGCGGAGGUACCUUGUGUACCCCGACGGCGGCCCGACCCGAGCCCAGUUCAUCAUUGGCUUAGGUAUUCCAGUGGAUCUCAAGGAGCAGGCGGUGACAGUCGGAACUGUUAUUAAGUUCCAAUAUUACCUUCCCUCAAACAGUACCGAGUACACUAGCAGAAUAUACGGAUUUGCUGAUACAGUGUCCAGAGAUAUGGAUGGAAAUAGUAAUACUGAAGAUAAAGACUCAGAAUCUAGGAAAAUAGCUGUUGAUGAUGACGAUGAUAAAGAAGAAUCGCAAGAUGAUAUUAAUGAAAGCGAUGAAAGUAAAGAUUCUCAAGAAGAUUCUUUAGUUGAUAUCACUUUUAAUGACAGAAGAAGGCGAUCGUUAAUAUACUCUGAAGGUGGCGCAACACAAGAUAAAAAUGAGCUAACUUUAGAUGAAGCUAUAAGUCGACAGGAGCUUAUAGACCAAAAGGCAAGAGAAGAAGAGACAGGGCCACAGAGAAUGAACAGAUGGGACUUUUACAAAAUUAUUGAACAUAUGUCAGAAAGAUACGGGUACUCGGGUCGUCCGUGCCUGCUACGUACUAUCUGCGAGGCGGCUGAGAUCCCGUUUACGUAUGAGCAUGGCCUGCUGGGUGAAAUAGCACACAUUCUGUUUACGCCCUCCACAACCUCGGACGAAUUAUCGCACCACACAGACAACGAAUACCAUGCCGCAGAGCGUCUAGGCCGCAGCGCGGAUGGCAACUGCGAGUCGCUAUUCCCGGAAUGCGAAUCCUCCGUGUUGGAGACUUUUACGGAAAUUGGCGUUGAUACACUGCAUAAAUUUGGACUGUAUUGAUUAUAAAAAAGACAAUAGAGUUUUAUAUGUUUCAUUUCAAAAUCAUCAUUUAUUGUAACUAUUGCAGUAAUGCAGGUGACUGCACCGAGACCCUACUGCCGACUCGACGACAGAUAUCAAAUUAAAUAUAAAUUUCUUGAUAAAAUGGCAAUUUCUUACGUUUCUUACGACAAUACAGUUGGCUUCAUCAUUGCAGCUGUAUU